GUUGCAAAGCCCUUUCUUGUCGGCGGGACUCCCGGGAACCGCGGGGCGGGAGGCAUCAGAAGGGAGGAAGAGAGGGAGGGGAAGGAGAGAGGCAGUGCCGCCUUUUUUUUUAAUCAGAUUUUUUUUAAUUUGCAAAUUUAUAUUUUGCAAAUAUUUUGGGAGACAUAGAUUUUUCUCCCUGUGCUCCCCCCGUUCUAUUCUGAGGAGUGCGCUGCGCCGCCCAACCCUGUCGCCCCCCGGAGGUGAUCCCUCCCUCCAGCCCGCCCGCCAGCCUGACCUGUGCCUGGCUCGCGGGCCGCAGCCUCGGCCCCGGCGCGCCCCCGGCCGCUCUCGGCGCGAUGAGCAUAGAGACGCUACUGGAGGCGGCCCGCUUCCUGGAAUGGCAAGCGCAGCAACAACAGAGAGCACGUGAGGAGCAGGAGCGCCUUCGCUUGGAGCGGGAGCGGGAACAGGAGCAGAAGAAGGCCAGUAGCCUGGCCAGGCUGGCACAUGCCCUGCCUGUGGAGGAACCCCGCAUCGAGGCACCACCCCUCCCCCUAUCCCCACCAGCACCCCCACCAGCACCCCCACCACCACUUGCUACCCCCACCCCACUGACUGUCAUUCCUAUUCCUGUAGUGACCAACUCCCCCCAGCCACUGCCCCCACCCCCACCGCUGCCUCCUGCAGCCCAGCCUCUGCCCCUGGUACCUCGUCAGCCAGCCCUGGUCAGCACCCCUGGACUCAGCAUUAAGGAGCCUGCCCCCCUUCCUACCAGGCCACAGGUGCCCACCCCUGCUCCCCUCCUGCCAGACCCGAAGACCACUAUUGCACCCACUGGCAGCCCCAAGCCUUUGCAACCCCUCCCUACGCCCAUUCUGACCAUAGCACCACACCCUGGAGUCCAGCCUCAGCUGGCCCCCCAACAGCCACCCCCACCUGCACUUGGGACCCUGAAGUUGGCACCAGCUGAAGAAGUCAAAUCCAGUGAACAGAAGAAGAGGCCUGGGGGGAUCGGAACCAGAGAAGUCCACAACAAAUUGGAGAAAAACAGGAGGGCCCAUCUGAAGGAAUGCUUUGAGACCCUGAAGCGCAACAUCCCUAACGUGGACGACAAGAAGACCUCGAAUCUGAGCGUGCUGCGAACCGCGCUGCGGUACAUCCAGUCCCUGAAGAGGAAGGAGAAGGAGUAUGAACACGAGAUGGAGCGACUGGCACGGGAAAAGAUUGCCACGCAACAGCGACUGGCAGAACUCAAGCAUGAGCUGAGCCAGUGGAUGGAUGUGCUGGAGAUCGACCGUGUGCUCCGGCAGACAGGCCAGCCUGAGGACGACCAGGCCUCCACUUCAACAGCCUCUGAGGGUGAGGACAACAUAGACGAGGAUAUGGAGGAGGACCGGGCAGGCCUGGGCCCACCUAAAAUGAGCCAUCGUCCCCAGCCGGAGCUGCUGAAGUCCACCCUCCCACCCCCCAGCACUGCCCCCGCGCCUCUGCCUCCCCACCCUCACCCUCACCCCCACCCCCAUCCAGUGGCCCUAUCUCCUGCCCACCUCCCUGUGCAGCAGCAGCCGCCACAACAGAAGACCCCUCUGCCUGCCCCUCCUCCCCCACCGGCCACCCCUGCCCAGACACUGGUACCAGCCCCAGCCCAUCUGGUGGCCACUGCUGGGGGCGGCUCCACGGUCAUUGCCCACACGGCUACCACCCAUGCCUCAGUCAUCCAGACUGUGAACCAUGUUCUACAGGGGCCGGGCGGCAAGCACAUUGCCCACAUUGCCCCCUCUGCCCCCAGCCCUGCUGUGCAGCUGGCACCUGCCACACCUCCCAUUGGCCACAUCACAGUGCACCCUGCCACCCUGAACCAUGUGGCCCACCUCGGCUCCCAGCUGCCCUUGUACCCACAGCCUGUGGCAGUGAGCCAGCCAGUGGCAGUGAGCCACAUCGCCCACACCCUCUCGCACCAGCAAGUGAAUGGCACAGCCGGACUGGGGCCCCCAGCUACAGUCAUGGCAAAGCCAGCCGUGGGGGCCCAGGUGGUACACCACCCCCAGCUGGUGGGCCAGACAGUGCUCAACCCUGUGACCAUGGUCACCAUGCCCUCCUUCCCGGUCAGCACACUAAAGCUGGCUUAAGGAUGAGGCCACUCAGGCCCCCCAGUGGGGGCAGGGAGGGGGACAUGUCCCCCACUCUCCCACCCACCAGCUCCACACAUUCCAGCCAGG